GGGACGUCGACGAAUUCACUUCGAGGGAAUGAGCUGCCGCUGCGUCCUCUGUCAAAGGGAAGUAAGCGCAGGCAAAACGCCUACGCACCAGGUUCAUUGGACGCCGAGGAAUGCCGACGAAGAUAUUCAGCGACAACGCCACCAAUUUCGUCGGCGCCGACCGCAAGCUGCGCGAGCUGACAGAAGCAUUUCUGGCCCAGGCUCCAGAAUUGAAGAGAUUCGCCGCAGACGAAGGGUUCAAGUUCAUCUUUAUACCACCGAGGGCGCCGCACUUCGGAGGAUUAUGGGAAGCCGCGGUGAAGUCCGCCAAGCACCACAUCGUUCGCGUAAUAGGCAACGCGCUACUCACCGCAGAGGAGCUAGCAACACUGUUGGCCGAAGUGGAGGCCAUACUCAACUCUCGGCCCCUAACACCGUUGAGCCAGGACCCCAACGACGGCGAAGCGUUCACCCCAGCGCAUCUACUGAUUGGGUGCUCCCUGCGAGCACUACCCCCAGAGAAGGUGCCAGUGGACCCAGUUCGUUGUUGCGAGAGAUGGCAACUUGUUUGCUGUCUCAAGCAACAGUUUUGGCGACAGUGGUCCAAAGUAUAUCUGAGGGGCCUUCAGGAGCGGAACAAGUGGCUGCACCCCACACGCAACAUGCAGCUCAACGACCUCGUACUCGUCCACGAGGACAACGUGCCACCACAGCUGUGGGUCCUCGGACGCGUCGUCGCAACCGUCGAAGGGCAAGACGGCAAGGUGCGAGUCGCAGACGUGGCAACGAAGACGGGCACAAUUAAGCGCCCCAUCCACAAACUGGCCUUGCUUCCAAUGGAUGUUGAAGGAACCUGA